UUACUGCUAUCAAACAAAGUGAAUGGUUACUUUCGUAUUUUCGUCUGUUUGUUGUUAGUUUGGAAAAAUUAUUUUCUAAUUGUUAGAAAAUUUAGAAAACUAAAGAAAAUUUUGCCUACACCAGCAUAAAACAAGUUUUGAAGACAAUCAUCCGCCAACACAACAAACUUUCGAUAUCAUGAAUUGGUCCACCGAUGUGCAAUUACAAUUAAUACAACAACAGAUACAUCAACACCUUAUGGGGUCUGGCUACAAUAACAUGCCCUCACCGGAACAAUAUCAAAAACGAGCAUCUGAACCAAUUGUUGUGGAUGAGAGUGACGAUGAAGAUGAUGAACAGCAAAGAACCCUAUUUAUUGCCAAUUUGGACGAUAGGGUCACAGAAGAAUUACUUUAUGAAGUAUUUCUGCAAGCGGGUCCCAUAGAAAGAGCAAGGAUACCAAAAGACAACAAUGGAAGGCAAAGAACCUAUGGCUUCAUAACAUACAAUUCGAAGUGUACAGCCCCCUAUGCGAUGCAUUUGUUUCAAGGUCUUUCACUUUAUCGCAAAACAUUAACUAUUAAAUAUAAGGGACGUAAUAUGCUGCCUCCUUUGAAAACACCGGACUUUAGUAGUAGUGGCGGCAAGAGCAGCAACAGUCGCCAGAGUUAUGAUAAUUCAUCGCUGAGGAGUGGUAAUUUUUCAUCAUAUAAUGAUAAUACACGUAUGAUGGACAGCAAUACCUCUCCCUCUGGUUCUUCUAGGCAUCAGGAACGUUUAUCCAAACAUGCCUCGAAUCAAAUGAGACCACAUUCAAACUCAAGUCCAUAUCAACGCAAUUCAUCCAAUAAUCAUGAUAAAUGGCGACAAAAUAAUAAUAAUGGCAGUCAUAAAAAUAGCAAUAAUCGCUAUUCGGAUUCCAGCAGUAAUAGUAAUCAUAACAACAACAACAAGAGUGGCAAUAAUCGUUAUUCCGAUCAUCGUGGUGGAAAAUAUCGUAGAUAACAGUUUGAUCGUCAAAUUCAUACAUCUAUAUUAGAUCAGAAUUUUAUAUUCUUGUUAUAUUGUUUCAAAUUAUAUCAAGAAUAUAAAUUAGUUUGUAUAAUAUAAGCAUCCUAUCAUUAAACACUAUUUAACAGAACAGUCAAAGAGAUUUACAUUUAAAGGAGUAGAUUGUCCUGUUAGAACUUGAUCAUCUGUUCUCCAAUAUUUGAUCAGAAUUCAUUGUCUUCUUAUAAUGUUUAAAUUCUUUUAAUAAUAUAAAUUAGUUUGUACAGUCUGUCUUAACAUUCAAUUACUGUUUUGCUGAAACAGUCAGAGAUUUACAAUAUCCGCGGGAAUUGCCAUAACCAUUUUUGACUGUACCAUGUGUUGUAAUAUAAAAAUACAUUUAUGCAACCUAAAUUGUAUAAUUACAAUUUAAAUUUUA